AUGUUAGAUAGAUGUCUCCGAUACUAUCAUAAUUACAUACUGUCGAUGUUCAUCUCGCCCACCAUGCCAUCCGAACUGUGCUUCAUAUUUUCCAUCAUUUUCGCAGUGCUGCAAUUAAUAUUCGCUCAGAACGCCUUUUUGACUUUGAGCUUUUAAACUUGGAUGGCAGGAAGAAUGCUCAGCUGUAUCGGAGCAACACACGUAUCUGCCAAGAGAACCUAAAUCAUCGCUGAUCAAUUGGCGUAUUUGGCAUUCCCAAUUAUUGUGUUCCAACAUGGAUUCCUUACAGCCCUCUUGCUUAGCGUGAACAACUAUAUGGAAAUGUAUUCAGAAAAAUAUAAAGAUCGCUGCAUAGUGGGACACACCGAAAUAUUCUUGACCUACACUGCUUGUUAUUUGUUUCCGGAAUUUUUUGACAUCAUCUUGCUCAACUUCAUGGGCUUGCGGUGUCUUAAUUGGUUUCCAAUGUAAGAUGUGAUUCUUGUUAUCUUGAUGUUUUUGCUAUUUCAUUCAUAUCAAUAUUAUAUUCAAUAUAUUUAUAGACUACCACCAACACUACAAGCAAACGCUAGCCUUCCCCACUACUUAAGAUCACUCUUAAUGAUUGGCCAAAUCCUAGAGAAGAAGUAGGAAUCAAUUAAAUUUAUUUCUGACCAUUGUAGUUAAUAUUAAUUCAAAGACUAGAUGAGAAAGCAGGGGACUCUUCAAUUUGAAUAAGGAGAACUUCAAAAAUGGAAUAAAAAGAAUAUCAUAAUAAACCCACCACAAACUUAUUGA